AUGGCGUCUACUCCAAGCUCUGAAUCUACGGGCUGGACUCCACCCGAAGGCAAUUGUGAUAAAUGCGGAGCCCCUGCUUCUUGGGCAGAAGACUGGACAAAAAACUUGUCAUGGUAUGAUGGCGCCAAACUCCAUGUGGCUACUUAUUUUGCAAGCCCACGCAUGUGGCCCUUAGGGUACAUACUUGGUAGUCAAUAUUCGCCCCUCAAUCUGGAGCAACAAUUUCCAAACCUCAACUGGAGGGACCGCUUCGAAGAUCUUCUCGCACUCGAGUCUGGGAAGAAGAUGAUCAGUGCAGUCAGCAGACAGAAAGAGGCCGCAACCGCCUCUCGGAUCCGCAGUGAGAGUGUCCACGAUGACAUCUCUCGUGUGAAUCAAGACCUUCAGCGCAACCAAGAUUAUGUUGUCCUACUGCAGAAUUUUCGAGAAAUAUCACUUCGCAGGAAAGAUACUGCCCUUGUUUCAAUGAUUGACGAUGACGGACUACUAUUCCAGAGAAAUUGCUCCGAAACGAUCAUCGCAGAUGGGAAAGCUCUCAUUGACAGCCUCAAAAAUCUUCAGAACAAACCGGCUAGCAGCUACAAAAGGAGAGUACCUUGGAUCACUUCUCUCAUCUCGAGCGGUGCGAUGCUAGGAUGGGAGUCGGCGGUUUACGACAGCGCAGACGGGUGGUUGGCAGAUGUCUACAAGGCUGACAGCUCCGGAGACGGUCAUAUUUUCUCUGAGUUGGAUUUGACCAUGAUUUUCAAAGAGGGCUCUCAACUGGAUUUCAGGAGCCCCACAUGGUCGACAUAUGAGGGUUCUUACCGGGUUAGCUACCCGCAAAUCGAGCAGCUCUGCCCGGAGGGAGACGCAGAUCCAGACGCAGAUCAUACAUACGAUACCAUUGAGAAUAUUCGCCCGUCUAUAAUCUCACAAUUGACAACAGCGCAACGGAGAAAGUCGUGGAACGGCAGCAUUGAGACGCGGGUUGUGCUUAAGAACCGCUUCACCAACGGCAAGGAGGAAGAGAAGACGAUCGUGAAUGAUGCUUCGAAAGUUCUCGAAGAGGUGGAAAAGGCACAUGCUUCUGUCAAAGAAAGGCAUAACGCUAUCGGUCUCGCACUCUGGGAGCUGUCAUACCGAAAGCAGAAAGAUGUUCUUGCUGUCGCGAAGGAAAUGGAAGAUGAGGAGGGGGUGGAGUAG